CUGUUUUAAGACAAUCAAAUUACGUGUUUAUAUGGUUAAGCAUACGAAGUCAUUGUGUUAAAUUAAAAAAUUCAAAAUGGAUAAAUGUUUCAAAAUACUUUUACUCUUUUUAUGUAUAAGUAUUUAUUCGACAGUCUUGUGUCAAAACCCACAUCUGAUAUCUGAUGUGUCUUGGGUAGCAGAGAACUAUUCACUGACAUUGACCUGUGUCCUUCCUAGCGCUGUGAUACCUGUGGCAUGGAUCAAGAAUGGUGUUUCUACAGGCAUGAGAAUUGGGUUAUUAUCAGGAAGAUGCGUAUCAGAUCCAUCGCCACUACCGCAGAGAUUCAGCUUCACGUGCGUCAAUGCAACUGUCUACACUCUGACCAUCCUGCAGAUGAACCGAACACUGAAUGGGGACAACUGGCAGUGCAGCAUUAACAACGUUGGUUUACCUAUAUAUAGCGAGACAGUUACCCUAACAGUGAAAGUUCCAAUAACGGACGUGUCCUUCAGCAAUCCUUCAGCAGAAAACAGUGUAGAUGUUGUUGAAAACGGCAUCCGCACAUUCACGUGUCACACGUCUGGAGGAAUCCCAGCUGCCAAUGUCACGUGGUACAAGAUCAGCGGAUCGUCUGCAACAGCGAUCACAACGGGCGAGAUGUCAUUCCACAAUACCUCUGCAGACACAACAGUAAUUGUCACAAGCACUCUGACUUACACUGCCAUGCGAGUGGACCACGGAUGUAAAAUUUUCUGUAGAGCGAGUAAUGUCGUGGGUCAGGUGAAGACAUCAACGAGAGAAAUACUGCUGAAUAUAUUAUUUGCUCCCAUGAAGUCUGCGUCGAUAGAAAUCUACAACAAUAUUAGCAGUCCAGUUUUUGUCAAUGUUACAUUGGCUUUCCAUGCUGAAGCCUAUCCGGUGCCAAAAUACACAUGGCAAAAGUGUUUGAUUACAUGUACAGACGUCUAUCCUGGUUUUAAAUACAAUAUAUACACAAAUGCUCUUGUAACAAACUUGACCAUAAAUAGUGUUGAUAUUUGUGAUUUUGGAAGUUAUAGAGUUGUCGUCAGUAACGGCGUUGGUACAGCGUGGAUAGAGAAAUACAACCUUAUUCACCAGGCAAAGCCAGAAACACCGAAAUAUUUCCACUGUGCGAUCAAAGCGGCAACCUCAGUAGAGUGUUAUUGGCUGACCGGGUAUAACGUCGGUCUGCCGCAGACUUUUGUCAUAGAAUAUAGGAAAAUUGACUCGACUACUUGGAAUAAUGUUUCUGUCGUCGAAGAAAUAUCCACAUCGUUUGUAUUGAUGAACGUGACUGUAGACAGUCUGAGCCCAACAACAGAAUACCAAGCAAGGAUGUAUGCCAAGAACACGAUCGCAGUAUCUCAGGUUACCGAUACUAUAACGUUCACAUUGGAAGACCGAAUCGCCACUGUCACUCAAAAGUCGAUGCCCCAAAUUGGACCAAUUGUUGGUGGCGUUGUGCCAGGGAUACUUCUUGUUAUAGUCUUGGUGGGCCUGAUAUACUUACGUCUGACUUACCAUAUUGACUUCAAAAAGAAAGGUAAACAAAGCGAUACAGCAGUUUACGAAGAUGUGAGCAGGAGAAACGAAACAACAAACCGAGUCUAUGAAGGAUGUUCAUCAACUUCUCUAUCUCCUGGUGAAUAUUCGUCACUUCAAGAUCAACUGCCUCGUGACGACAACUUUCCACAAAGUGGGGCAUUAGGGACAAAUACAAUUGAGCUGCAAGAAGAGUCAGCGUAUCAAAAUGAAAGACUGGCUUGAAUUGAACAACGAAAAACUACAUGGUGAAGCAAAGUUACACGUGCAUGAUUACAUUCUUUACAUGGUAUCUCAAAGGCAGUCCCGUGAUUAAAAUAGCAUCAUGACGUGAAUUUUGUGCACACAACAACGUGGAAUUUAGAUAUGUUAUUAAUGUAUCAGACAUUCGAUAUGAUAUUCGGUAUUCACAUGCAUACGUACACGUCAUUACAUGUUAUGAAUGAUAUGUUUCAUACAUUCCAGCUGCCAUACUUUUCAUAUUGCUUGAAUCGCCGCUACUGCAAUAUUGUGAAUGUCUGAAACAAUGCAUGAAACAAAGAUGUUGGUUUUCACUAACCUAACAGAUCCUUAUUUAAUAGUGCUGACCAUAAACUUAUUUUUAUAUUUUUUGUCGAAUUUUCGAUCUAAAUGAAGUUUUACACACACACACACACACACACACAUUAUUUGUGCACAUUUAUAUUUUGUAUCAUUGAAUAUUAAAAUGGAUGCUAUAUCAAGAUUAUUUUACAGUUGUAACUAAAGCUGAAUGAAAAAAUAAAAUAAAUGUGUAAACAUGCAUUCAUAUACAAUACACACAGUUUUAUGUUUAAAAACACUAUUACAGACAACUAACGCGCAGACACACAUGCUCUUUCUUUCUCUUUUGUUUAUAUAAUAUAAUAUAAUAUUAUGUACAACGUGUGAUACAAAACAGUAAAAAACUGGAAAUUUCAUGAUUUUUUACAAAUAAAGAGAUAUCUCUUCACUUCCAAAAAUAAAAUAUUAAUA